GAGAAACUCCACUACACUCUGUCUCUUUCAGAGAAACUAAACUAAACUCUGUCAGUGUGAGCAGCGAAAUGGCUGAAGGUGGAGGUUUACUGGAUCAGGACCAGUUCAGCUGUUCGAUCUGUCUGCAUCUACUGAAGGAUCCGGUGACUACUCCCUGUGGACACAGUUACUGUAUGGGCUGUAUUAAUGGCUACUGGGAUCAGGAUGGUCAUACUGGUGUCUACAGCUGCCCCCAGUGCAGACAGACCUUCACCCCAAGGCCAGUUCUGAACAAAAACACCUUAGUGGCUGAAUUGGUGGAGCAACUGAAGAAGACAGGACUCCAAGCUGCUCCUCCUGCUCACUGUUACACUGGACCUGGAGACGUGGUGUGUGAUUUCUGCACUGGGAGAAAGAGCAAAGCCAUCAAGUCCUGUCUGGGGUGUCUGGCCUCUUACUGUGAAACUCACCUCCAGCCUCACUAUGAAUCUCCUGCCUUUAAGAAGCACAAACUGGUCAAAGCCACUGGAAACCUGCAGGAGAAAAUGUGCUCUCAUCAUGGCAAACUGCUGGAGAUUUACUGUCGUACCGAUCAGCAGUGUAUCUGUUAUCUUUGUACAAUGGAUGAACACAGACGCCAUGAUACAGUCUCAGCUGCAGCAGAAAGGACUGAGAAACAGAAGCAGCUGGGGGCGACACAGAGUAAAUUCCAGCAGAGAAUCCAGGAGAGAGAGAAGGAGCUGCAGGAUCUGAGGCAGGCUGUGCAGUCACUCAAGCACUCAGCACAGGAAGCAGUGGAGGACAGUGAGAGGAUCUUAACUGAGAUGAUCCGCUCUAUUGAGAGAAGGUGCUCUGAGGUGAAAGAGCUGAUCAGAGAUCAGGAGAUGGCUGAAGUGAGUUGGGCUGAAGGACUCCUGGAGCAACUGGAGCAGGAGAUUGCUGAGCUGAGGAGGAGAGAUGCUGAGCUGGAGCAGCUUUCACACACAGAGGAUCACAUCCAUUUCCUCCAGAGCUGUCAGUCUCUCUGUGCACCUGGAGACUUACCCAGCAUCACUGUCAGUCCACACGUCUCUUUUGAGCCUGUGAGGAAAUCUGUCUCUGAACUGAAAGAGCGAAUGGAGGAUGUUUUCAAGGCGGAGUUGGUCAAAGUUUCUGGAAAAGGUUGGUGGAGAAGCCCUGCUGCAGAAAGUGUGUUUAGGCACUCCACACAACACACUGUGGGUAGCACUGUGAUCUUACUGCGAGAGGGUCCAGGGUCUGGAUGCUGGGGCGUUUUCCUGUGCAGUUUGCUGGUUCUCCUCCUGUCCGUGUGGAUUUUCUCCAGGUCCUCAGUAGAAGAGCAUAUUCUGGAGCCCAAGAUCAGAGGGGACUUCUUACAAUCGGAAGUCCAUAUUCUGGAGCCCAAGGCCAGAGGGGACUUCUUACAAUUAGAAGAGCAUAUUCUGGAGCCCAAGACCAGAGGGGACUUCUUACAAUAUUCCUGUGGGCUCACACUGGACCCCAACACAGUGCAUGAAGAGCUCCGUCUGUCUGAGGGGAACAGAGAGGUGACCAGUGUGGGAGAGAUCCAGUCAUAUCCUGAUCAUCCAGAGAGAUUUGACUACUGGGACCAGGUGCUGUGCAGAGAGGGUCUGUCUGGACGCUGUUACUGGGAGGCUGAGUGGAGAGGAGAUGGCGUUUUAAUAGCAGUGUCAUAUAAAGACAUCAGCAGGAAAGGGAAGGGUGAUAACUGUAUUCUGGGACGUAAUGACAAGUCCUGGAGUUUGCACUGCACUCCCUCCAGUUACUCAUUCUGGCACAAUAAUGAGCGCACUCACAUCCCUGCUCCCUCCUCCUCCAGAAUAGGAGUGUACCUGGAUCACGGGGCAGGAACUCUCUCCUUCUACAGCGUCUCUGACACAAUGACCCUCCUGCACAGUUUCCAGACCACAUUCACUCAGCCCCUCUACCCUGGGUUUUGGGUUUUUUAUAGAUCCUCUAUAAAACUGUGUGAUCUGUGAUGAGUCAGAAAGUGAAGGGAAGAUCAGUUGUAAUUAAAAAGAGGGAAAAACACUGACAUGAGACAAAAUGAAUUAAAUGCAGUUCAAUCUUCAACCUCAAAUGAUUAAAUGAAUGAAAUAAUGAACUGAACUGAAACUGAGGAAACAUCAUUUUGGUCACAUUGAAGCAGAUCCAGUCACUCUAAAGCAUGGGCUCCAUUAUUACAGUGAGCUCCAUGUUUGGAUCAAAGACAUUUUCUUCUUGAUUUGGCUCUUUACCCCACAACCAUAAUUCUGUAGUAAAAUUAUUCACAUGCAGAUUCUCAGCUUUUAUUAAAGGGUAUUUUUAGACAUUUUGGUUUCCCCAUGCAACUCAUCCAGUGUGGGAUUAGUCAGAGUGUUUGUGGCAAAGGCAUUUAUAUGAAGCAGCUGCUGUAAAGUCAGUAAGACUCUGGGUUUCAUGGCUGUUGUUGUUUUGUGUUGUACUGGGCAGGUACUAUAUGCUGUGAUUGUUUACCAGAAGAAUGAAAUAAAAUAAAUCAAUAGAUGGUUUGCAGGCCCUGUG